AUGAUUGAGAAAACUCUUGAGACUUUCCACCCCACUAACAUGGUACUCCAACAGCAGUACCAUAACAAGUACAUUAAGUACUGUGAUCUCAUCAAUGUGCUGCUUGUCGCUGAGGCUCAGAAUGAACUCUUGAUGAAGAACUUCCACAUGUGCCCUGCUGGGACACAGGCUCAUCCUAAAGCACAUGGUAGUUUCCGUAACAGCAACGGCAAGUCCCAGAAGGGCUCAAAGGACGAGGCAAGUGGGGGGAAACACUCAAAUGUGGGUUGUUUCCGCUAUGGAUCCCACCAACAUUGGUCCCGUACUUGCACUACCGACCCACACUUGAUUGAGCUAUAUCAAGAGUGGAAGAAGCGCCAAAACCCAGAGGUAUACUUCGUCCAGGCAUCUGUCGAUGUCGUGACUGGACUACACCUCCUAGAGCCAUUAGAGCCUAUAGAGAAGCUUGAAUCAGCAGCUAUGGAUGCUGAUCAUAAUGCCACUGGAAAUCAUACUGCUGAAAUGGGAGAUGCGUAUACUGGUGAUGAUGAUUUUGACCUCAACAACGAGGAUCUCCUUGAGGAGUAG